UCAUAGAUGUGAAAUUACUUAAAAAUUCUUUGAGAUUUCCGGAUUCACAUCUACCUUUAAAUUGUGUUGAUUUUGGUUAUCAAUUUAAAGAACAAUCAAAAUUAAGUAUUGAAAAUGGAAAUAUAACAAAAGUUCAAUUAGAAAUAAUACGACAAAGGUCAUCUAAUUUUUUGUUCCGUUUAUGCCAUGAAAUGUGCAAUCGAUUACCAGAUAAUUUGCAAGUCAUUGAAAAAAUUAAAUACUUAUCUCCAGCUGAAUGUUUCAAUCAAUUUCCGAAAUUCUCUCAGCUUCCUAUUGAGUUAUCUGGAUGUAUAGAUAGAGAUGCUAUAGAAAGUCAGGGGAGACAACUUGGUUCUUUUAAUUUCAAUGAAUUAAUUACAGACACAUCUAUUAAUGAUAUAUCUAUUGCAAAGUUUUGGAUACAACUAAGCCAAAUAAUGACUGCACCUGGAGAGUAUCAAUUUAGGGAAUUGUGUCAAUUUGCAUUAAAAAUAAUGUCAUUACCAAUAUCCAAUGUUGUGGUUGAACGGGUUUUUAGUGUUAUGAACAUCACCAAAACGAAAAUUCGGAACAGAAUGGGACAGCAAAUGUUAGUGGCUUUAAUUCGUAUAAAAAUUCACAAUCAAGUAAAAAAAAUUUGUUGUACCUCAUUUACACCGACGGCUGAAAUGUUAAAGGCAUUCAAUACCAAAAUGUAUGACAGUGACAGCAGUGACAAUCUUCAGAUUGCCAACUUGCAUAAUGAAGAAAAUGAAAUGCUUAAAUUCAAUAGAAUUAUUAAGUGAAUGUAUUUUUUGACAAGUAACAACAAUUACAUUUUAAUGAAGAAAAUGAACUGUUUAAUACAAUAUAAAUUAAAAUUAUUAAGUGAAUGUAUUUUUUGACAAGUAACAAUAAUUAUAUUUUAGUUAUAACAAUAUAUCUUAAUGAAGAAAAUGAAAUGUUUAAUACAAUAGAAAUUAGAAUUAUGAAGUGAAAGUAUUUUUGACAAGUAACAACAAUUAUAUUUUAGUUAUAACAAUAUAUCUUAAUGGAGAAAAUGAAAUGUUUGAUGCUUUUAGAAAUAUGAUAACGGCGAUUUGGGCGAUUUAGUAAAAUUAAAAGGGUAAGGCGAUUUGGGCGAUAUUGGCGCUCUGUAGUGGCGACGAUGCGACGAAGGUUCCUGGCAACCCUGGUGUGUGUUCGGUUUGAUCAGGUGAUUCACACAAAUGCCCGUAAAACCAAACAAUGUUCACCUUCGGUGAUCUAAGUUAGCUUAUAGUACGCAGAUUCACAGUGAGCAUUUUUGGUAAAUGUUCAAACAGAUAAAUCGGGAAAUAGCAAUAAUUAAACGUAAAAUAGAGGAUAAUAUGGAAAAAAAUGAAUUAUCAUCAAUCGUAACAUCGCGUGAUGUUAAUUGGUGGGUAUAUGGUAUAUUCAGCCCUGGAGAAUUAUUUUGGUAACGGAAAGUCAAAUCCAAAUAUUCGAUUCAAGGAGGUUUUAAUUGGAUGGAUGAAGGAGUCAAUCAAGAACACAAUAAUAAUAAGACGGUGCAACAUAUACAUAAUAUAUAUAAUAGCACGGUCACGGUACAUUACUAUCAUUAUUAUUGUAAUAAUGAUUGUGUAUUGUGACCGUGCUAUUAUAUAUAUGAUGUAUUUCUCGCACAGUCUUAUUAAUAUUAUGUUCCUGGUGGACAGUUACAUCCGUCCAGUUAGAACCACUAGCUUGAAUUGAAUUAGGAUUUGACUUGCCCUUCCCAAAAUAAUUCUCUAGUGCUGAGUAUACCGUUGAAUAAC